UUCUUUCUUUCUUUCUUCUAAUCAUUCCUCUCUCGGGGAGGAGACCUAAGAGCGCUUCUUUUAGAUGUGCAGCACCCAUGACAGAAUCGUUGAAAGAUGAAGGGGAAUGGAAGGAAGAGUUCAAGGAGGUCCUUGAUAGCCUCGAGAGCGGUGGUGACUUUUGCGUCGCAAAGAGCGUGACGCCGCCAUGUCUGCAUCCCAAGAUCAGGCUAGAUGGAAUGGCUGUUGCUGAUAAGGACGAUGAGAGCAACGAAGAUGAGCGACUGGCGUUUCCGCUGACCCAAUCACAAGCAAAGCAAAUCAAAGCUUUUGCUGAAAAGGCUCCAUUUGGGAAGGGCAUGCAAACUGUGGUGGAUGAAGAAGUGCGGAAAGCAUGGCAAGUUGACAGUUCCAAGGUUAUCUUUGACGACCAAGAUGAGUGGAACGACUUCUUAGAAAGCGUGGUACAAGAUUGUGCAGGCUGUCUUGGAAUAAAACCAGAUGUCAGGGCCUCUGUGGAAGCCAAUCUUUACAAGCUGCUGCUCUAUGAGCCGGGAGGGCACUUCAAGAAGCACAAGGACACCGAGAAGGAGCCAGGAAUGUUUGGGACCCUUGUCAUUCAGCUUCCUGCAAAGUACACAGGUGGUGCCUUGCUGAUUGAGCAUUGCGGUGACAAGAAGAAGAUUGACUUUUCUUCCAAGAGUCAGGAUGUUUUCUUUGUCACCGCCUUCUUUGCAGAUUGUGAACACGAGCUUCAGGAAGUGACAAGUGGUUGGCGACUGUGUCUAGUGUACAAUCUUGUCAUGAAGUCACAAGGUGGGCAAUCCUCAGUUGCCCUUCCUUGCGCGGAGGAACUUACUGCCCACGCAUCAACGCUCCGGAACCUCGCUCGGCAGUGGAAUCAUGAGGACUCUGGAAUCAGCCAAGAUGUGCUAGGCUAUGUGUUGGAGCACCAAUACACCGAGACCAAUCUGCGUUUUGCAAAUCUUAAGGGUCGCGACAGAGCGGUGGUGGAUACCCUGAGAAACGCACGAGACUCCAAUGGCAGGCCCCUGUUUGUUGUUUGUUUGCUCUUGCUGCAAAAGUGGGAAUCUGGAUCUGCUGAGGAUGACGGAGAUAAUUACUACUAUCAUCGACGCGACCGCGACAAUGCGACCUAUACCAUGGAAGAAGUUCAUGAGACUACUACCUCUACAUGCUUGUGGAUUGGACCAAAUGACGAAGAGAUGGACGAGUUCAACCUGGAUUUUGAUCUACAAGAGGCUCUUCUGGCGGAUGAAAGUUUGGAAGAUCUAUUUGGUGAAGACCCUGACAGGGAAGAAGCCGAAGGAUUCACGGGGAAUGCAGGCCCUACCCUUGAGUACUGGUACUACCGUGGUGCUGUCGCCUUUUGGCCCAACUCAAAGAACCUAGACGUCUCCACUAAGGCUGGUCUUCCAUUCUUGGCCUCCUCUAUGUCCUCCGUGGAGUCAUCUCUUGUUCCUGCCUUUGCGGCGUCUGUGGUUUCCCUGCUCGAACAGAAGAAAGGAUCAAUCGACGGCGAUAUAUUGACAGCUCUUCUUGCAGCUAAGGAUGUCAACCUGAUGCAGCGAGCGUUUGAAACAAUAGCUUGGAUCAAGGAUAAGGCUCUUGCCACAGAGAUGGUGGAAGCUAUGAAAACCUUCCAAGACAGCAACUUAAACAGCACCGCAUUGGCAGUUUUGGAAAGAGCAUCAUCCUUCAAGAGCUCAUCUACUCGAGCCCAGGGAAUCGACACCGCGAUAGUUUUUCUAGGGCUUUUGGCCCCAAACAGCCUAGAGCCGUUGAUUGGUGAAGCCCGAGAGACAAUCAUCCGAGGGGCUAUGUCUGACUUGCAGAGCUUCCUGACAUCAACCAAACAAUGCAAAACUUUGGCACCCCUUGCAUUCCAUUCUCCAUCUUUGGGUACUUUCGUCGACGCCAUUAUCAACAACGCCAAUGCAACCAAUGCAGCCAUAGCUAGCUCCGUCCUGGCCGAAUUGAUGAACAUGGAUGACUUUGCAACCAAUGCGGAAGUGUUGAGGCUUGCUAAGCAUCGCUCUGCCCAACUUGUUGAGGCCACGAAAUCAGGCAUGCCCGCGUUCACCUGGAGGCAGCCGAAUGCCAGAAUUACUGGAAGCAGUUCAUCGGCUACCCCCGCAGUGUUAUCAUUCUUGCAGAGCGACGCAGAAUCACAGACUUUUUAUGGCUUUGACGGCAUAGAUCAUGCUCGAAGGUUUUCGUUCAAGUACUUUGGCAAUGGAAGGGAGUCCGGGUACAGUGCAAGUGCUAUCCCUGGUGGCCGUGGCAGAGACGCUUAUGUGACUAUUACCAAGACAAGUCACAUGUAUGAUACGAUCACAAAAAAGUACAAGGCCCAAAAGAUGGAACUAGAGAAAAUACUGUCUGGUUUUGGCUUUGACGCGCCUGUUCCUACUGGUAGGAGGCGCUCUGCCGAAGCAUUGGCGGCCGCAGAGGCCGCUCCCAAGAAGUCUAAGACGAGUGGCGGUGGUGGGCCCGAUGAUCCGGUUGAACUCUAACAUUUCAGCACUACCUCUGCCUGGGAUGUGGCACCUGCCCCAGAGCACCUAUAUCACCAACAACUACUAGUAUGUAGCCUAAAGUACAUGUAGAGAUGCUACAGAAAUCU